GUCACACGUCAAAGUGCCUUGCCUGGUGGUGCUGGGUAAAAUUUCCAAGUUCCAUUUCCCUUUUGUCCCCCAAUAUCAUAAUCGCUGUUCCCUUUCCAACACACACUUUCUGAGGAAGAGGGAGGGCCCUGAAUCUGCUUUUUUCGAGUCUGUACUCUUUACCGCCUCAAAGGUCUCAUGUUCGACACGUGGAGGAGUAGCCCAUUCGAAGAAAUAGUUAGAAAGCCGAGAGAGCCCGUCUGGCCCGGACCGAUCUGGAAAUUGUGCCGGUGGAGACGCAAGCAGAAGUUUGGCUUAUUACCCCCCCCCCCUUCGUCCUGGGUGCCUUCGUAUGACGGCCAUCGUCUCAUUUCUUUGUGUCGCUGUCGGAGUGGGAGGAUCGCUCGGGAGGAAUCUGUUCAGCUGUGCAACCAAACCAUUUUACUACAACGAACCACGAACGAAGGAAACCAACAAGAACCACAGCAGCAACUUGCCAUUGGGAGGAAAGGAAACAUUGAGAAACAAUACCAACAUCGCAUGGAGAAUCGUCGUCCUGUCUGGCUCACCAUAACCGCAUGCAUCGAUAGCGCGGGUUGUCAACCUGCUUUGACAAGGUAGUUAGUUCCCUCCACUUCCCAACCACGAAGCUCUGUCAUAUGAAAAUCCGCCUGGCCAAACCCACGGCAGCUUUUCUACUUCAAAAAGCUCUUUGCAGCUCUUGGCGGGGAAAGGCUUUUACAAGAUAGAAAAGAUCUGGGCUGAUCAGAAGGACAGAGGUCGCCGCCGCGCCGGUUC